GUAUGCCUAUAAAGCUGGAACCAUCAAUCAUGGAUACAGAUCCGGAAUUCAGCCUAACCGGAAGUGAUUUUGAAGACGCAGAUAUAGAAGAUUUUUCAGAUAUCAAUGAAAGUGAUUUUGAUCAGUGCAGCAUUAAAUCGUCAAACACUUCUCAACACCCCGAAACAGCCGACGAAAAGGACCAAAAGUCAAAAAAAGAUGAUAUUAAGGUUCCGAAAAAACGGGGACCAAAAAAGAAACGGAUGACGAAGGCUAGAGUUGCGAAACUGCGCUUGCGUCGAGUGAAGGCUAAUGCCAGAGAACGUAACCGCAUGCAUGGACUUAAUGAUGCACUAGACGUUUUAAGACAACACGUGCCUUGUUAUUCUAAAAACCAAAAACUUUCUAAAAUAGAGACCCUACGUCUCGCCAGAAAUUACAUAGGUGCCUUAGCAGAUAUUCUUAAAGCUGGAAUGAAACCCGAUUCCAUUACGUUCGCCAAGGCCUUGUCAAAGGGGUUGUCUCAAAACACAAUGAAUCUCGUUGCUGGAGGGCUUCAGUUGAACCCGAGAACUCUUCUUCCGGAGUCUUCGUAUGCUAAGCCCUUUCAGUUUUAUUACAGCAACACGUACCAUUUAUCUCAUAACAGUAACCAAUAUAAUCAAACAUUUAACCUUCAGAGCUUUAACCAGUUAUCUCCUAACAACGUCAUAAGUGCCUCAGUUUCACCCAAUCAGAUGCUUUCUUACUCUUCGCAUAUGCAUUCUCCUGUUCGAGGAGAUCCGUCUUGCCAAGUGUCCCCUUCAUCCAUUGGUUACGCCACAUCAAAUGAAGCAAGUCCAAUUCAAGUGCCUAAAUCUACAGUGCCUUCUCUUCAGGUCGAGGCUGUAACGUCGACAAACUUCAUGAGAUGUGACAGCACGGUUGAGCCUUACAUGUGCGGCCUCAAUGUUAGAAACCCAAACGAUAACGGAAUCUUUUCUCAAGGUCACGUGACGUCAUCUCAGGAUUGUAAUCCAUAUAUUAUACUUGAUGAAAUUUCGGAAUACCGACCAGAUUCCACAGUUAACCCGGAAAUGAACAUCAUGAGCGCCGCCUCCAAUCUCUUUGAUGUCACUGGAUAGGGAGUACAUUUCAAUCUAAUUCUGGGUUUAUUUUA